AUGCUCAAGCAAAAGACAGAAGAGCAAAAGGUCUGGCAAAGACGCGCAAUACCCAGUGGCUUAGUGGCUAACUUUCAGUUUGAUGACCAAGCGAACUUGUCAGCAGGUCCCAAGUCCUUGGGGGCUUUUACCUUCCAUGGGUUGAUCGACGGCUUACGAAACGGACAUCACUACGUCAAAACACGAAUGAACCAGAUUCAAGAAGGCGAUUACGUCGGCACCCGUUACCGCGGUGGAACACACCAAGGCUAUGCCGCCCAAGUUUCUGACGGGAAAGUCGUGUUUAAAGAUCAGCACGGGCACACGGUUACCCAUAAUGUGUCCACCCUCGCCAAAGACCCGGAUAGAAGUCCAAGCACUCAGAACUUGGAUGAAACCCAAAAGGAGCAACUGAGGAAAGCAUGGAAGCAAGAAAUGGGGCAGUGA